AUGGAGUCCGAAGACCACGUUCUUGCUAUGACGAUUAUCAGUACCUCAUUAUUAAUAAUACAUCAACUCAUGAAAACACGCCGAAGACCCCGACGUUGGUGGCGGACAGAAUUGUAUAAACGGAGAGAAGGUAGAGAACUGCUUACUGAUAUGAAUUUUCAGCACAUAAGUGGACAAUACAAAAACUUUACAAAGAUGACGCCAACAGACUUUGAAAAUUUACUCGAGAUGAUCGGACCAAGAAUUAGUCGAAACCAUACAAAUUUAAGAGCUCCAAUUUCAAUCCAAGAUAGGCUAGCAAUAACACUUAGAUUUUUAGGUUCCGGGGACUCUUACACAAGUCUGCAGUAUACGUUUAGAGUAUCGAAACAAUCCAUAAGUGCUAUUGUACCUGAAGUGUGCGCCGCAAUAAUGGAGGAAUUAAAAGAAUACAUUAAGGUACGUAUUAUGAAAAUCUUUAUUUAUGUUUAG